CUUUGUCAGCACGUCCUUGCUCAGUUUCAGACUUUUUUAAUUGUCGACUCGUGGUUGAUUUGACAAUGAGAUUUCAGUUUAACUGUUAAGGUGAGAGACGAUAAAAUGGGCGCGGGUGGAGGUUCGUGUUCGUCCACCAGUAUCACAGGCAAGGGGCCAGGCAAGGCGGUUCAGAAAAAGGACGCCAAGCAGGCAGGACCCAAAAACGCAGCAGGGAAGAAACCCGCAGCACAACCUGCCAAAGAGACGACCAAAAAGGCUGACGCGAGUUCUUCAAGACCAGCUGCUAUCAAGGGAACCGGGGCGCAGAAGGCCGUGCCGAAGAAUGCGGGUUCCACUAAAGCGAGCAAGACUGUGGCUUCCGCCAAGAGCAAAGCAUCUACGCCUGCUGCCAAGAUUGGGAAGAAGUCGGCUGCAGGUUGUUCAGCAUCGGGCU